CCUACGACUCUCCAUUGUAGAUGGUCCUUUACAGAGUCUUAUUUCUAGUCUUCAUGUUGUUAAUGCUGAUAUUUGCUAAUACUUAACCUAAACAACCUCAAUAACGAUCUGCUUAAUUUUAUCAAUUACAUUUAACGUAUAUAAUAUUUAUGUUCACCUAAAAAGCAAGAUAAGACUUAACGGGAGAUUAUUCGUUUGAGACUAAACCAAAUUAAUUACAAAGCCAAUUGUUGCUUCCUUAUGCGACGCAACAACUAAAUUAUUUCCAGUUGAUUACAACUUCUCAAAAAAUGUCUGGAAAGGGCAAGCAAAAUUCCAAGAAAGCUGUUGUCAAGGUUCGUGAAUCUGGCAAGACUGCACAAUCUUCAAUGACGAACACCGACACAAAUACGGAGAUAUCGGAGCCAACGACUUCUCAAUGUUUUCUAAAGACAAUCGACAACAGUCGACACUUGCCAAGAUACACCAGUAUUUUAAAGCGUACACCAGAAGAAGGCAUCAGCAUGGAUGAUCUUGAUACGCUACAACUGGAACUUGAGACACUCUUGUCGGCAGUCGUUGUACGACAUCGUACACUCCAAGACGAGAUUGCCAGCUUGUUUUCAGCAGAGGAGCGUAGAGACAGAAGGUCAAAGAGUGGCAAGAGCCUGUCUUUACUUGACAAGAAGAUACGUGAGGAAAAGUUUAAGCCAAAAGAGAUCAAUGCCAAGAGUCAGUCACCCCUGCAUACAAAACUCUUUAAGCAAAAAACAGUAGGAAGUUCAACCAGUCAGAUGGUGUCAAAUUUGCAUGAAAUUUCAAGGAUUGAGGGAUCCAAGUCUGAUGUACCAAAGCUACUCUUACCGAAAAACGAUACGCCUAAUAAAUUUUGGGCAUCAGUGGAUCCCUAUUGCACUGACAUCAUGCCCGACGAUAUUAAACUGUUGGAGGAAUUGAUCACUACGCAUAGUGACAUAAGCGAAUUCAAAAAAAUACCUUCUUUAGGUCGUCAUUAUAGCUUAAUGUGGGCACAUAACGAUUUGUUGCAAGAGGAGGAUGCCGCCAAUCCAAACAGAGAGAAGAAAAAGAAUCGCACGGAUAUGUCGCAUUUGAUAGCAAAGGGUGAUAAAAAAACCAACAGCAUUGCAGGACCCCUUACUCAGAGACUAGUUUCCGCGCUUCUCGAAGAGAAUGUGUAUAUAGCGAAUAAUAAUGUGGAAAACAAAUUAUUUCGAGAUGGAGAUCCGCCCAUCUUGAGAGACUUGACCAUUCAGAAUUCCAUGAACUUGGAAUUACGAAUGCAUAAAGAACUGGUCGAACAAGGUAUUCUGGAACCUGACUCGCAGAAGAAGAAUCAAGAGGACGAUGAAAUUCUUGCGGAAAUUAAAAGGUGUCAACAGGAACUCUCUGCAUUGUCUAAUCACAAUGUUAUGCAGCUGAAGAGAUUAUUGAAUUUGGCCCAGGAGGAGAGCAAGAGGCAAGCGUUAAAACGGAAAAUUAGCAUUGCGGAUAAUGAGGUGAUAGAACAUUAUCAAAAAUUGUCUUUGGCAAAACAGAGAAAGAUGCCAUUGACGAAGAAGGAUCACGAGAAGGCGUGGACGUGUCUUCGAGAAAGAGAAACUCUUUUGGAACAAUUAAAUGCUACCAAAUAAUUUAAAGUUUUAAACUAUGUAAUGAUAUGCCGUAAAAAAUUUUUCUUGCGAACUUUAACAAUGAUAGUAUUAUAGUAUUAUAAAUCGCGAAUUUCUUACGCUAAAAAAUACAAACAGUAAUUCAUAAAUACAAAAAAUUGAAAGGGACAUUCUUUGAUUUAAUUUAGAGAGAAACAGUUCCUUUAACAUAUAUCCUGAAUCAUAUUAUUUUUUAAAUAUAUCAAAAUUAAAAAUUUUUUUUGAAAAUCUGUAAAAUAUACUUCGAAAUAUUUUAUUCAAAUUUGGUGCCCAUAUGUGAUAUUAAAAUCACUUUCUAAUGCCGAUGGAACAUUUUUACAUUUCUCAGGGACAUUCCUACAUAUGGAUAAUCAUAAUUUUGAUAUAUAGUUUUUAGACACAUGUUUAUUAUAAAAUUUUCUUUUAAAACAAGUAUUCCUCUUCCUCUCAGUUUUUUGUACUUAAGAAUCAUCUUGCAUAGAUUUAAUGUAGAUAAAGCAAUACGUAACUUCUCUACUAUAAUAGAAAUUAAUAUGUGCAACAUAAACAUGGAAUUUAGAUCCGACGUACACACACACACACACACACACACACACACA